UGGAUAAAAAACGAAAAACCCUCUCCAUUUUUUCAUUUCCGCCGAAACACACACACCUUCACCUUCCCCCUUUCUCUCUGUCUGUCUGUUUGUUUGUCUGUCUCCCAACCUGUGUAGCAAUGACAAUUCGGUUGAGAAUUCUCGCAGGCGUCAAUUCGUCGACGGCAGACCCGCCAAGCUCCGUCGAGGUGGACUCGGACUUCGUCGUCAUCCUGGCAGCUCUUUUAUGUGCCCUAAUUUGCGUCGUGGGCCUCGUGGCCGUAGCUCGUUGCGCUUGGCUCCGCCGAGUCUCGGGCGGGGCUGCAGGAAGCGGCCGCACUCAGCCUCAGGCUCCGGCCAACAAAGGCCUAAAAAAGAAGAUCCUCCGUUCACUCCCGAAACAAACCUUCAAUGGAGGAGGAGACCUGAAUGGGAACGGGAAGUUCGUCGACUGUGUAAUUUGCUUGACGGAAUUCGUGGAGGGGGAUGAGAUCCGAGUCUUGCCGCAGUGUGGGCACGCGUUCCACGUCGGAUGCAUAGACACGUGGCUGGGGUCCCAUUCGUCCUGUCCCUCAUGUCGUCAGAUUCUGGUGGUUGCCAGGUGUCAAAAGUGCGGCGGCUUCCCGGAGACCUCCGGCUCGGCGGCGGCAGUUGACACGGAGUUGGGAUUGAAGGGCAGAGAAGAUGAUGUGAACAGUUUCUUGCCCUGACAAGUGUUUCCGAUUCCGACUCCGUCCACUACACCACUUUACCUUAAUUACCCUCCUCCUCCUCCUGUCCUGUUGUAUAAAUAAUCCUUUUAAUUUCAUUUAAAAAAAAAAGAAAAAAAGAAUUGUAAUUUCUUUAUUUUUGCUUCUGUACGUAUUUUAGAAUUUAAAAAGGAUAAUUAGAAUUUUAUGUUGUUUGAUUCUGCUUUCAAUGAAAAGAUAAUUAACUUGGA